AAAGUUUUGUUUUGAUUUUUCAAGUGCAUUGCUAAUUUUUUAAAAUCGCGACUAUAUAUAAGCCGGUAGAUAUAAAUCCGCUAACCAACAACUCUACUACUCUAACGGAUUCCAAUUUGUUCUGAAAUAUACAAAAUUUGUAUUUUCGCUAAAAUGACAAACAUUGUCCAAUACGUUGUGGUCCGGAGUGACCUGCGUUCCGCCCUUAAUUGGCCAUUGGGAGCCGUAAUUGCCCAAUGUUGUCAUGCAACUGCCGCCGUGAUGCAUCUUCAUGCUGAAGACGAGGAGACCAAAGCCUAUUUAAAUGAUCUGGACAACAUGCACAAAGUCGUGCUAGAGGCCAAGGAUGAGGCGGCUCUAGUAAAACUUGGCGAAAAGCUUAAACAAAAUGAUAUUAAACAUAAGAUGUGGAUUGAACAGCCCGAAAAUAUACCAACCUGCAUAGCUGUGAAACCUUAUCUAAAGGAUUCUGUCCAUAAAUAUGUGAAAAAUUUAAAACUUUUAAAAGAAUGACUAAUUAUACUCAAUUAAGCUGAA